AUGGCACCUAAUAAUAAAGAAGACAUCCCCGACGACGCAAACGAGCACUGUCCUGGACCUGAGAACGAGCAAGCAGGUAAAGCAGAUGCCUGUGCUGGAUGUCCUAAUCAAGAGAUAUGCGCUACAGCUCCCAAGGGACCAGAUCCUGAUGUGGCUGUGAUUGCCGAGAGACUCUCUGGAGUGAAGCAUAAGAUUCUAGUUUUGUCAGGCAAAGGAGGCGUAGGUAAAUCCAGUUUUACUUCGCAACUCGCAUUUGCGCUUUCCGGCGAUGAGGAUGUUCAAGUGGGUGUGAUGGAUAUUGAUAUUUGUGGACCCUCCAUUCCUACCAUCAUGGGCGUUGUGGACGAACAGAUUCAUCAGAGCAACAGCGGAUGGCAGCCAGUGUAUGUACAAGAUAACUUGGGAGUCAUGUCGAUUGGGUUCAUGCUACCUGACAAAGACGAUGCAGUUAUUUGGAGAGGACCCAAGAAGAAUGGCCUUAUAAAGCAAUUCUUGAGAGAUGUGGAUUGGGGAGAUUUGGAUUAUUUGUUGGUCGACACACCUCCAGGAACAUCUGACGAACAUUUGUCGUUAGCAUCUUUCUUGAAGCAGAGUGGCAUUGACGGUGCUGUCAUUAUCACAACACCUCAAGAAGUGGCAUUGCAAGAUGUUCGUAAGGAAAUCGAUUUUUGUAAAAAGGCAAAGAUCCCCAUCUUGGGUUUGGUGGAAAACAUGUCUGGCUUUGUGUGUCCCAACUGCCAUGGAGAGUCUGUCAUCUUUCCACCAACAACAGGUGGCGCUGAGGCUUUAGCGGAUGAGUUUGGCAUCGCUUUGUUGGGCAGAAUUCCUUUGGAUCCUCGAGUUGCCAAGAGUUGUGAUAUUGGCGUGUCUUUCUUGGAUGAGUACCCUGAUUCGCCCGCUUGUGCCGCAUAUGAAAACAUCAUUGACAAAUUGAGAGACAUUGUAGAAUAA